CUCCGACCUCAAAACCCUCACCGUGACGACGAGCUCACACCCAAGACGGCGAGAGAGAGGUUAGCUCCUCUCUCGUCUCUCUAAUCACCCAAAGCCCCAAGCUUUUCCCACUUUCCCCAACUUCGGAGAAUCUAGGGUUUCGCUGAUGCUAAGGAAUUGCGAAAUUGAAGAGGAAGAGGAGUGAGUGAGUAUGCUUUAGGGAGCUGGAAUUGAACAAGUUUGGAUUUUUUUGGAGAUGGAAGGCGGGAGGAGGAUAUCGGCGAGUCCGCGGCCGUGUAGUGGCCGGAGAGUGGUGGCGGCGAGGAAACGACCCCGUAUUGGCGGCGUUGAUGGGUUUGUUAAUAGUGUUAAGAAGCUUCAGCGGCGCGAAAUCAGCUCCAAGAGGGACCGGGCUUUCACUAUGAGCGACGCCCAGGAGAGGUUUCGCAAUAUUCGUCUACAGGAGGAAUAUGAUACCCAUGAUCCGAAAGGUCAUUGUGCCAUGGUUCUGCCUUUUCUGCGAAAGAGGUCUAAGAUUAUUGAAAUUGUAGCAGCGCGUGACAUUGUGUUUGCUCUUGCGCAAUCUGGUGUUUGUGCAGCGUUUAGCCGAGAAACCAAUCAGAGGAUAUGCUUUCUGAAUGUCAGUCCCGACGAAGUUAUAAGAAGUUUGUUUUAUAACAAAAACAAUGACUCACUUAUCACCGUUUCAGUUUAUGCUUCAGACAAUUUCAGUUCUUUGAAAUGUAGGAGCACGAGGAUUGAAUACAUACGAAGGGGUAAACCAGAUGCUGGCUUUGCUCUUUUUGAAUCCGAGUCAUUAAAGUGGCCUGGGUUUGUAGAAUUUGAUGAUGUAAAUGGGAAGGUUCUCACUUAUUCUGCACAAGAUAGUAUAUACAAGGUGUUUGAUCUCAAAAACUAUACAAUGUUGUACUCCAUAUCAGAUAAACACGUCCAAGAAAUUAAAAUUAGUCCGGGCAUCAUGUUGUUAAUUUUCAAUAAAGCCAGUAGCCAUGUUCCUCUCAAGAUUCUUUCUAUAGAGGAUGGUAGUGUUCUCAAAUCCUUCAACCAUUUACUUCAUCGGAAUAAGAAGGUAGAUUUCAUUGAACAAUUCAACGAAAAGCUUCUGGUAAAGCAAGAAAAUGAGAACCUCCAGAUCCUUGACGUUCGCAAUUUUGAGAUGACAGAAGUUAGCAAAAAUGAAUUUAUGACACCAUCGGCUUUUAUAUUUCUGUACGAGAAUCAGUUAUUUUUAACGUUUCGCAAUCGUACUGUGGCUGUUUGGAAUUUUCGAGGGGAACUUGUGACUUCGUUUGAAGAUCAUCUUUUGUGGCAUCCCGACUGCAAUACUAAUAACAUAUAUAUUACUAGUGACCAGGAUCUUAUCAUUUCUUACUGCAAGGCUGAUUCUGAUGAUCCAUUAGCUGAAGGAAAUGCAGGAUCCAUCAAUAUCAGCAAUAUUUUGACAGGGAAAUGCCUUGCUAAAAUAAAAGCCAGCAAAACUGUGGAAAAUGAAUGCAGUUGUAGUGGUGACUGUUGUGGAAAAAGUUGCAGUUCCAAGAAGCGCUCCCAGGCCUCUAGAAUUAGAAGUACAGUCGCAGAAGCCUUGGAAGACAUCACUGCUCUCUUCUAUGAUGAAGAGCGCAACGAGAUCUAUACCGGCAAUAGGCUCGGUCUCGUUCAUGUAUGGUCUAACUAAGGGUUUCUUCAGUUUGUUCUACACGAGGUCCUCAGUCUACCUAGCAGCGACAGCAUCCUCGUUUAGCCGUGUCUGUCCAUUAGAUUCAUUGUUGUGUUGGUCUUGUAGAUGGUUGAAUUCAUUUGAUGCCACACUGCAUCAGCUACGUCACGGAACUGUACCAUCAAUUGCUCUUGUACCAUUGAUCUAUUUGUUUACCUAAAUCAGAAUUCCUUGUAUCUGUGCCUGGGUUGAGAACAUGUUUGUAACUUUUCAUGGCCAUGUAAUAUAUCGAGAUGAAUUUGUUUCCG